CUACUUGCAAAGUUUGGAAAUAGCGGUCAGUGAGGCGCAGAGAGGGAGCGGACUAAAGCGAGCUCCUGUUACAAUGCUGUCUUACAGACCAGGGUAAAACAAAGCUCAUGUCUGCAUUAAUGUAAACACGUUUUUUGCCGUGAAAACACUGUUUUUCGUAAAACAGCUUCAUUUGCGAAAGGUGCACAGAGAAGUCUGGAAGGUCCAGCGAAGAACAAACGAUCAUGUAGGCUAUCCAGACGUCCGAUUUGAGUCAUGGGCUCAGAAGCUGUAGAGGACUGUGUGCAGGGGGCGCUUGCAUCCCUCUACCCUCCGUUUGAAAGCACUGCUCCCCCUCUUCUCUCUCAGGUGUUUUCUGUCCUGGAGUCGACCUACCAGCAUGACAGCUUGAGGUACCUUCUGGACUACUUCAUCCCAGCCAAGCACCUUCUGCACAGACUGCAACAACAUGCAUGUUCUCAGUAUCUGGGCUGUCUGUUCCUUCACUCCGGCUGGCCUCUGUGUCUGGGCGAGAAGGUGGUGGUGCAGCUCUCAACCCUAGACUGGAGGCUCCUGCGCAGUACCGACUUCUACCUCCAGGUGGUGCCCUUCUCCACACGCUGCCCCCGGCUGGCCCUCAAGUGCCUGGCACCGGGUGGGCGCAACGUGCAGGAGGUGCUGGUGCCCGAGUCACAGCACCCCCUAGUGUUCACCACUGAGUGGCUGCACAGUGUCAACAAGGAGCGUGGCUGCAAGAGAGACGGAGGGACAGGGGCACUGGACACGUGUCUUGUAAGCACGGGUGACGGUGUCCUGCGUCUGCCGUGGGUUGAGGUGGUGUACCCGAAGUUCGUCUGCAACCCCCAGGGAGAGGAGCUGGGAGAUCUGGCCCUACCAGCCAACCCUGGUAGCCCCAGCCAGCUCUCCUCCACUGGGAUGAGGGCGGGUCGAGGCUCGGGCGGAGGUGGUGGAGGCGGUCUGGGCUGGGGCUCAUCCUCCGGCGAACUGGACUCCUGGUCGUGGGAUGAGGAGGACGAUGACGACGACGAUGGCAACGACCCCGACGGCACCGAGGCUGAGGCGGCUCUGGUGGCCCUGGCACGCCGACGUGCCAGUGCGGAUGCCCUCGCUGGACGGUUGGGGGCGUCAGCGUCAGUAGUAGCGCCCCCUGGGGACCGGGAGGGGGAUUACGUGGAGCUCUUGGAGCCCCGCGGUGGUCCGGAUGGUGGGGCUGACCCAUCCCAGCAGCGCUACCUGGAGAUGCACGGCGUCAGCAAGACCAGGACGCUGCCGCUGUGCCGACGUGCCAAGGCCAUCAAGCUGCGCCGUGGCAAAGCCUGGGCGUUCGGACGAACCGACGCCAGCGGUGGUGGCGCAGGGGGCAGGUCGGGGGCUGCUGCUCGUCGAGAUAGUGGUAAUCAGGCCGGAAGGGACUGGCUGCAGCCGCGGCCCAUGCCCCGCGUCAUUGAUUUGGGUCGCGAGAGACGCAACCACCCCGCACAGGAUUUGGACGUGGAGGAGCGAUACGUUCGAGACCCGACGGGACUCGACAGCAGGGGACUUUAUUUGGGAGGGCCGGCCAAGGAGAGGAGGCCCGGAGUGGGCAGGGAGAGGGAGGGAGUUGCCUGCACUCUGCCCUGGGAGGAGAGCCAGAGGUGUAAAGGGUCAGCAAGUAGCAGUAGCAGGGGAGGGUCUGAAGCACAGCGAGAGGAGGAGGCAACCGAGGUGACCAAUCACAAAGGGGAACACACUGGGGAGGGCCAAUCAGACCAAGGAUCCCAUUCGGACUCUGUGUUUGAGGACACUGACAAACGGCUAGCUGAUUAUCUCAGCAGCGAGGACUGUCCUUCCAAACCAUUGGCUGAAACUACAGUAAGCCCAGUGUGUCCAGACAAGCCAUUGGCUGGCACGUGCAGGGAAGGAAAAGGCGCCGCCAGCCAAAUGGCCGGUGAUUCUGAAUGCUGUGAUUCAGCAAGCAGGGGGACACCACCGCAAACAGGAAAUACCAAAGAGAACUCAAACUCAGAGAGAACACAUUCCCAACCUGGUACGGACAAGGUCACAGAAGAAAAGCAUUGUGGGAAGUCGGAGGAGAGGGUUUGUCCCAGAGGAAAGGAAGUGAAGUCAGGAGGAUUCAGAGUGCCCAGGAGGAAGAGGAAGGUCAAAGGAGGAAAAGGGAAGUGUAAGUAUGGUGCCCGUGGCAACCAAAAAGGCAAGGAUCCGGCUACUCCAAAAAGCCAAAACAAAGCACCUCAAAAUGGCAGUGCUACUACGUCAGCCACCAAACUGCCACUCAGUCAAGACAACCAAUCCAAGCAACCAAAGCAGUCCUCAGGGCCGGACAACGAGCCACCUUUAACCAAUGAGAAUGGAGAGAAUGAAGAGGAGGAACCAAAGGAAAGCAAUAAAGAAGAUCAGGCAGUCGUAACGGACAGCCCCCCUGAUGCAGACGAUCAAGGCACACCUACAACUGACCAAUCCUCAAAAGUGGAGACAUCAUCGACACUUCCUGACCAGUCAAAUGGUGAAUCUCCAAAAGCCCCACCCCUUUUGAGGGAUUUGGAUCAGGAGUUGCUCCAAUCAGGGAAGCUGUUAUUGACAGGUACGGUGGACAGGCUUGGUCGGGGUCUGGUUGUAACGGAAGCACACCUCCCAGAAGAAGGUUAUCAGGCAGACGAGAUGACCAGGGUCUUGGCAUGCUACUACCACAUCACCCGGCCGGCUGCGAAAGAGAAAGGCUUGACUGUGAUCAUCGACAGCAGGCAGACUCCUCCGACUGAGCUCUGCCUAUCUGCCCUCAAAUCUUUCAAGACUCAGGUGCCAGAGGGCCUUGCUUCAGUGCUCAUUCUGACAGAUGAGCAGCAGGAGUCGUCUCAGCCUGCUCUGGAUGGAACAGAGGUGCGCACAGUGCGGGGCACAGGGGUCCUUCAGCAAUUUGUAGACAGGCAACAGCUGACCACGGAGAUGGAUGGGGACUGCCAGCAUUCACACUCUGAUUGGCUGACCUUCCGACUGAGUUUGGAAAGGCUGACUGAGCGCUGUGAGAGCGCCCUCUCUCUGCUGGAGGAUGCACUGCAGUCUAUGGAAAAGGAACCUCUGCCCGCCAGCAUCAAGACUGUCACUGCCAGCGUGGAUAAGCACAGACAGCUGAUGACGAGCGUCCUCGCUGACCAACGGCUGACUGAACUACAGUGUAGAGGUGGGGCUUGGCUGGCUGGACUGUCCAAUGGCACAUCAGGGUUGGCACAGAGGUCUCCAGACUGCAGAGCUGCCCUGGCUAUGACAUCCAAACUCUAUGACAGCGUAGACGAUGCACUCCACAAUCUCGUCCAAGUAUCCAAUCAGAAGGGUCGUGACCUGGAAGCACUUGGAAGGCUGGCUGGCCUUGUUGAUAAACUGGAUAAGUGUGAGAAGGAGAUAGGGAGCGUUCAGGAGCAGCUGGAGGACUUUCGGGACCCACCCCUCUCCCUCAGCAGGCUCUCACUCAAGCAGCAGAAGUUCAAGAGCUUCAGGGAGUCGGCCAUGGAGCUGAACCGGGACACUCUGGCUGUCCUGGGGGAAGUGGAAGGCUGGAGAGAGCUGGAGUGGCCGGGGCGACCAGCAGUGAUUGGCAGGCUCCCUCCGGUCCGAGAGAAACUUCGGGACAUGAGCCACUGUCUGUCUGACUGUUGGACCCAGCUGGACAACACACAGAGACUGCUGUCCACCCUGACAGAGGCCUCUCAGUGGUGUGACGUCGUCUCCUCCUCCUCCAUGUCCUCCUCCUCCUUGGCCUCCCUCUCCUCCUCCUCCUCCUCCUCCUCCUCGUCCCCCCUCUCCUCCCUGCCCCCCAUCCCUCCCUCCCGCUUCCAGGACGCGCGGGCCCUGGCCCUGGAGCUGGGCGGCGGCCCCUUGCUGGACCUCUGGUCCCAGACGCUGGAGCGCUACCAGCAGACCCUGGCCCAGUUCAAGAGCCGCCUGCUGCAGGCCGAGAGAGGGGGGCCCCUGGACGGGGGGCCCGGCCCCGCCCGCGGGGGUGGUGGUGUGGGUGGGGGCGUGAGGCCCCUAGGCCAUGGGGGCAGUAGCGUGUGGGAGCUGUUAGGCGGAGGGGGAGGCGAUGGAGAGAGUGGAGAGGUGGCGGAGUGCUGGGGGUCAGACAGCGGCGGCGGCGUCGGGCUGCAGUCGUGGGGGUCCCUGGCCUCACUCUUCCGGCCGCAGAACUGCUCCACGCUCAAGAUCGGAGAGGAGAGGAGGAAGGACGGAGGAACGGGAGGAGGAGGAGGAGCCGGAGGAGGAGGAGGGAAGUUCUUCCAGGCACUCCGGCAUCCAGCUAAGAAGAGUCCCACAGAAGCUCCCCUCCCUCCCAAGCCUCCCCGUAAGCGCCACCCCAGCUUCGACCUCCAGGCCCUCCUGGCUCCGCGCCGCACUCCCACCCCAGCUCCCGCUCCUGCCCGGCCGGCAGAGACCCCCGUGGGGCCGGCCAGCCGCAACUCCCCCCUGUCCUGGCUGGGUCGACGAGCUCUGGCAGACCCCGUGCUAACUGCAGGCAUGGCGGCAGCAGUACCAGGCUGGAGGGAGAGAGAGAGGGAGCCAGUCGGAGGAGGAGGAGGAGGAGGAGGAGGAGGAGGAGGAGGCGGGGUUCUGAUCCGGGGCGUGGAGGUGAGCAGCAAGGAGGUGGCUGACCACACGGGGUUGUCACGGCAACACGUGCUGCUGAGCCGCGCUGAGAGGGAGACAGGCGGGGAGCGACAAGGAACCACAGCACAGAGUAAGCUGUACAUGCAGUGGUGCCGGCUGGUGAACUCCGAGCGCCAGUACGUGUCCACUCUGCGGGGCGUGGAGGAGCACUUCCUGCCCCAGCUGGAAGGGCCCGACGCCCCCGUGGCGCUCAGGGGCCAGGCCCAGGCCCUCUUCUCCAACUGGAGCAGCCUGUGUGCCUUCCACACGCAGUACCUCCUUCCGGCCAUGGAGGGCGCUCUCACGCAGACCUUGCAGCAGCAGGACUGUUUCAUCAAAUAUAGGGAACAGUUUCUCCUGUACUCUCACUACAUCCACACCAAACCGGAUCUGGACUCCCUGCUGGUCAGUCAGGCCACAGAGUUCUUCAAGCUGAAGCUGUCCAGUUUCUAUCCCCACUCGGCGCUGGCCUUCCCUGGCUGCCUGCGGGCCCCGGAGCAGAGGCUGGAGCAGUACUGCGAGGCCCUGGAGGAGCUGAGCGGCCUCAACCCCAACCCCGCGCCGGACGCUGCCCUCGCCAUCCUCCGGCACGCCCAGCAGCACGGCCAGGACCUGCGCGCCAGCGACCUCAUCACGGGGUGUCCGGUGCCUGUGAGUGAGCGCGGUGAGCUGGUGCGCUUUGGCGAGCUGCUGGUGUGUGGCGGUCCAAGAAGGCGGAAGUCAGGCCUGAGGAGCGUGUUCCUGUUCCAGCACCAUCUCAUCUUCACCAAGCAGAGGACUCCCAGCCCCGGACGCACCGCCUACAGCUUCAAGCACAGCAUCAAGACUGGUGAGAUGGGUCUGACCCAGAGCGUGGGCGAGGACGGUCUGAAGUUUGAGGUGUGGGUGCGCCAGGCUCCGCGCACACGGGACUGCCUGACCCUGCAGGCCCACAACCCAGAGGACAGGGCCGCCUGGGCCCACGACGUCGCCCAGCUCCUGUGGACGCACGCCAUCAACAACACAGAGUUGUGUCUGAAAGAGACUCUAUGUGUGGGGGUGAGCAGUAAGCUCCUGUUGGACUUUACGGGAACACCCACCACAGAGAUGGACUCCACCUUCAGUCUGAAUGACCGAGUUCAGAGUAGCUGUUCUGACUCUUCCUCUGUGGGGAGUCAGAAGGAAGGAGGGUCUCCAUCCUCAUCCAGAGACUCCAAGAGAAAUUCUGCUCAUUCUCAGAGUACAUCACCUUCUACUGCUGUCUAAUCAUCUCAACUUCAAAAAAAACUGGACUUGCAUACACAUCAGGACCCCAUCCCUCCUUUCCUCUCUCUUUCACUGGAUGGAUAUAACUGGAUCCGUACUGGAACAUAAUGGACUAUGAGGAGACGUUAUGGACGGAGAAUGUGCCAGAAGAGAAAGUCACCAUACCUUCUACGGGCCGCCAUGUUGGUUCUGAUACUUUCAGUUGCUUUCUUGGCGAUUGGUGACCAGGCACUCGAUAUUGAGAGUAGCCACUGUUGAAUGAAUGGUCUAUUCAUUCAUUGCUUGGUCUAAGUGGGUUUUGUUGAAGACAUGGUCUAAGAAUGUUAAGCUAUGGGACUGGGUAUGUGUGGACGUAGGGGAUUGUGUAGGAUAGUUGCUUAGUGCAGAAGUAUGCAAAGGCAUUGUUCAGCACUGGCGAUGGUAAGCUGCAUCACACAAGUGUCUCUGUGUGUGUGUGUGUGUGUGUGUGUGUGUGUCUCAGAGUGACUGACUUAUCUGACAACAUAGUAGUGUGUGUGUGUCUGUGUGUGUGUGUAUGUGCCAACAUGCACAUCAUAAGUGUGUGUGUGUGUGUGUGCUAUGUUGCGUGCAUGAGAGAAGAGAUUAAACCCAAAGCAUGACAAAAAUAACGACAGGCUCCAGUGAUCAGAGGUGCGAGGUUCUUUUCUUGUUCCACGCGCCGCAAUCUUGUCUCAGUGGGGAAGAGAGGAGUAGAGAAUCGUCUCCAGCUUCAGACUCACGUGGGGCCUCGAGUCCCAAACCUGCAAGCGCCAUGCAAAAGCCUUUUUUUCAAUCACCUCUAUUAAUCAACUACAAAACCGCAGUCUUCACUUAGUGGUGCUGACCUAAUGCAAGCUUGCUUGUGCAUACAUCAAGCUGUGCCUCAGUUGCUCCCAUGCAUAUGCAAAGAGGAUAUACUUAGGGCUUGGUUUAUUACAGGUUUGCUUGUACAGAUAGUAUUUGCCAAAAAGGUUGCUUGUCUGACAGGAUGUGGUGAAGAUAGUAUCUUUUUGAUUACCCAAGUAACAUUUCUUAUUAGCUUUUGUCAUCUUUUUAGUACACAAGCUUUGGCACACAUUAUAUGGAUGAUUUCAAAUCUGCGUCAGUAAACCUGUAGUAUAUCAGUGCUUGAGCAGACUAUGCAUGUGGAAAAUUAUAGUCAUAAAUCUGACAGAGACAGAUCUAAGAAAAUGAUGUAUCGUGUCAUCAGAUUUGGAUAAUGCUUAUGUAAGGAUGGGAGAGCACAGAGGGUUUCCAAUGGGAUCUGGGAGAAGUGUUAUCGACAUGAAUGCUGCACACAGAGAUCGGAAAAGAUAUCAAACAGUUAUGGUUACUUGUGGAAGAAAUAUUUGGACUCUGAAUUGUAUGAAGUGAAACGCAUGCGUACCAAACAACAUUUCCUAAGGGUACAUGUUUUCUUAAAGAGAUACAUGGGUGAAGGAAGAACUAUAUCUUGAAAAAAUCGAAUGAAGAAACUGUAUUUUUGAACAUUCCAAAGGGCGAGAGCUAAUUUCACCUUGUCGCCCCCAUUUUGAGGUGUGUGUGUGUGGGGGGGGGGGGGGGGGUACUUUGCACUCUUUGGUGCUCCCUCUCCUCAUAGACUUGGAUGCUUUUGUCUGCUCCAGAGGUGCCUCAUUGUGUUCCAUUAUGGGCCUCUGUACCAUGUAUGGAGGGGUGUAGAUGGGGGGGGGGGGGGGGGGGGGGGGCACUGUGCACUAAUCUCCAAACUCCACUGACAGUCCUCCCAGUCCCCUCAAACGCAACCACUCAGAUCGUCCGCAUGUUUGGUAGAUCAACGAUACGUUUAUUGAUUUUUUUUUCUUCUUUCCUCUCACCCAUUUCUUUGAGAUUCAAGUCCUCCGCAUGGUGAGUUUGUGUCGUCGCUAUACCCUAACACCACCCUACAGCUGUUUUGUUUUGUUUUUUAUUCCGCGGCUGUGAUCCAGUUUAGCGCUAAUCUGCCGUGGCCGCGCCGGAUUCUCAUCUUGUAAUCUACUCAACGACGGCGGAUCUGCCUCGCCCAUCGUGGGCUAACGAAUCAACACUGCCGCUGCACGGCUAAUCCACUUUUGGUGGACCUGGCAACCGAGUUGUCCCUUGCCCCCUUGUUAGAAAUUCCCUUUUUCCCUGUCCCAUUGCAACACACAUUGGGUACUUCUCUCUCUCUCUCUCUCUCUCUCUCUCUCUCUCUCUGUCUCUGUCAGUUGUUCUUCGAGAACAUGGAGUCAGAGGAGGAUAUUGGGGGGUAUUAUGGUUUUACUUAAGAAUGCAGUCGCUCAGUCUUGCGGCACUUGGAAUGUGCCUUAAACUAUAAGCUGCCCUUACCUGUUCAUAGUGGAUUUGAUCUGUCUUGUCUUAUAACAGGAGCUGUAUGUUUUCAUUAGAUUAAAGGAUGUAGCUGAGUCUUAAGACACUAACACACACACACACGCACACUCGCAUACUCACACACACACACACACACACACACACACACACACACACACACACACACACACAUACACAAACACAUAGCUCAGACCCAGGAAUACUUUCCACUGUAGGUCGUUAUAUUCUUGCUUUCUGUAAAGACUUUUUCCAUCGUGAAAAAAAAGAUAGGCCUUGGCGGAGGCUUUGUGUUCCGAAUGUAAAUACUAGCACUAUCCAAAAGAGAGGAAGAAAAUAGAAGAAGAGGGGGAAAAAAUGGUGCCAUUUUUUAAGCUUGUUUUGCUUUAACCAUAAUAUACAAUGUUUACAUGGUUUCACUGAUAUUUUUGGAGGGGAAAUGACUGCAUGCCUUGUCUGUACUCUAUUACACUGCUUUGUACUUGAUAACCAUUUGUACUUGAUCGUGUGUUGACUUGUUUCUGUAUUACAUUAAAAAACAAAACUUGGA